AUGGAUGUCAUUCCAGGCCUCGUCGAACUUAAUCCUAUAUCUCUCGCUUCGCUAGAACCAUCCGUCAACUCCAAAAGCGAAAUAACAGCAACCGUUGCCUCUCUAUGGCCUUAUAGUAGUUCCGCACUUAAACUUACUGCGAUUAUAGUGGAACCGGACUAUAAAAAGCGUGAGAAUCGAGGAGAGCUGAAAGUUUCGUUUCAUGGAUAUGCCGCCGAAAGUCUCAAGACACUUGCCAUUGGAAAUGUGGUGAAGAUAUCAUUAGAGGGAGCUACCUGGGAAGAACUACCUGACCCUGAAGAAAGGGAUGUGCCCUGGCAAUUAAAGUGGGAGAGGCGACUCCGGGUUAGAGUUUUUAAGGACACCUCUGCCGCGGCGCCGAAGAUCGAGGUUGAUAAGACUUUUGAUCAAGCCCAUAGGUCCGGUAUCUUUGAUAGGAUAGCUGCUGCGGAGGCUAUUAUUAGUGAAUCCCAACGGGAACAAAAUGAAGACGCAGGAUUUGAGGACCGAACACCUCUAAAACAUUCCCAGCUGCCAACAUCAUGGUCUACCUCGUUCCGGGAUAGCACUGGAGGGGACUCCCAGACACCACUCAAUAUAUUUGCGCAAGGGCGCCGUCGCCUAUUCUCACUUGGAAGCGAUGAUGAGGAAGAUGAUAUCGAUGCGGAACGUACAAGGAAAAGACCAAGGCUGUUCGAACCCCACAAGGGCUUUCGUUAUGUAUCAGACUCGGUCGUGGAUACGGCAGAGAAAACAGAAGAGCCUCAGGUUGUGAAGCGAACUGAGGAUCAUUUUUUUGACGAGAACAGCUUCAGAGAGAGCUUUGCAGGGAGGGAGUCAAUACCAACACCAAGACUUUACGUUCGCCUGGAUGACUCUAGAAACGUAGCAGUUGAGAGCCAGUCCCAGAGAUCAACGCUAGGAGAUAAACCGCGAGGCUCUAAACUAUAUGUCCGACCUGACGACUCGCAGGCCGAGGAUGAGUCUGGAUCAUCGACGCAGCCUGUGACGCCCCAGACCGCGGAAGAGCAGAAAUCUAGGCGGCGAACAGCAGAUAUGGACGAUGAGAUUUUUAAAAUCAUAUUUGGCCAGGAGCCUGAACCCCCAGCAGCUCCACAACAGCUCGAUGAAGAAGAGGUUUUCAGUCGUUCUUUGACCGCGUUCACAAGUCAGCAGGCAUUCUCGACACAGGUCCCUCUAACGCUACAAGACGGGUCGAAAGACCACGCCCCAGUUGAAACCCUAGUUGAAAGGUCUACAACCCCCCCAUUUCCGCCACAAGAGUUUAGUGCUACCCCACCAACAACGGAGAGAUCAUUUACGCCUCCAUUGCCUGAGACCUUGCGCCCACUCGAGCUGGACUCACAACCGAUGAGUAGCUUCACACUCGAUGCUUCACAAGCUUCUCGUCCGAUAACUGAUGAGAUGCCUCCACCAACUUUACAACAACAACGCCCUGUUCCACGCCUUAAUACUCUAUUCUCAGAUCGUCUUGACCCUCUUACCCCGGUGUUGAAGCCGACGGCUUCCCCGGCGCUGCCGCUUCCUUCUCCCUUUCCUAGUUCUGCAUUAGAAAGGGGAUCAGUUUCUUUUUUCCCAAGCAGACUUUCACAAAGCUUUACAGGUUCAACUGAGAAUACUCAAAUCAAAAGUGAAGAUGAAGAGUUGGGAGCACCCGCUACUGUAUUAGAGAUGGCUUCGGCGGCUGUCGGAAAUUUGGAAAAAGCGGCGCAAACAAAACAAGAGGACGACUCACAAAAUGAUAAUCUAACAACAUCAACCCGAGAACCAGGAGGUGGCCAUAUUGUUGAAAAGACGGUAGAAGUAGCUCGGGAAACAAUUACCGUGGUUGAGCACGCAUCCUCCCUUGUUGAUCCGGAAAGUCCGCGACAGCCUGAGGUGGGGAAAUCUAGAGAUAUUGGGAUCAAGACCAGUCAACCCGCCAUCAAAACCUCUCACCCGGAAAUCAUCGAAAUAUUAGAUUCCAGUGAUGAAGACUCUGAGGAACAGGAGGAAGAGGAGGAGGAAGAGGAGGAGGAAAGCGACGAGGAGGAAGAUGGUGAUGAAGAAGAGGAAGAGGAGUACGAGGAGGAGUACGAAGAGGAGUACGAAGAGGAGUAUGAAGAGAAGUACGAAGGUGCAGAAAAGCGAAGAAGAUCGCAAGAACGUUACGAGGAGGCGCUUGCAGCGCAGAACGAUGAAGAUGAUUAUGUUGAGGACGAUGAGUAUCCACAUGAAGAAGAAUUGGUUAGAAUGCGAACGGAUGAGGAUGAAAAUGAAGAUGGGGGCGAGGAUAUGGAUGGGCACGGGGACGAGGACGAUAUGGAGUAUAAAUAUCAUCAAGCCACACCUUCACCUGAUAUAGAAGAACGAGAAUCUCCGUUUGUAUCCGAUGAUGAUGAGCCACCCGGGGGAUAUAGACCGCCAAAAGUGGGAGAAUCCCUAAUAUCCAGUCUUAGUCCAAUUUCUUACAUCUCACACAGAACAGCUGGAACUGAAUUAGCGAUCCUACCUCCUUCGAUGCGCCAGCGGAAAAACUCCGCGAUCCUGGGGUCCACGUUAUCUACUUCGCAAAAUAUCACUUCUUCAAAGUCACAAAUCUCGACGAACUCAACUUCAAGCCACCUACCACCGCCUAUCACACAAAACAUAACUCGACUAUCCCUAUCACCGGAACCAUACGUCCCCGAAUCAUCAUCCUCAUCUCCACCACAACCUAGUACGCCGAAGCAGACGAAGCCAAUCAAUAUUCGGACGCCGACCCUCGAAGAUAAUGGCUUCGAGCUCAUAGAGAGUCCAGUAGAUCGCAAAGUUCACCUGCCCACCAGCAUUGAGGGCAGCGCUUCAAGCCAUCUCAGGAAGAAAAGAGCGCUCCCAUGGUUAACACCGCAGAUAGCGCCAAAAGAUACGCAUCAUACAGGUGCUAUCGGGCCCAAUACAGUUCCCCAUAAAUUUCGAACCCCCUCCUCUGAUACUAAAAUAGCCAUCGAAGAAAUGGUUAAAAUGGCAAAGAAACUACGCGGCCAAGAUUCGGCGAGAAAGCCAAUUCUGAAGCCAAAGUUAGAUAUAAACCCUGAGGCUAUCAGGAGAUUCAGAGAAUACAACGCCACCUGCGGGGUUUCGGGUGGUGUCAUUACUCCGCUAUCUGAAUUUGUCCCCGUUCAAAAACUACUUAAAAUCGAAUGGGAGAAGACGGUGGACCUCCUUGCCGUCAACCUUCGAGAAGGGGAAGUCACGCAGUAUGAAAAAAAGCCAAAAUUCUUCGAGCUUAAGUUAUGGGUGAUUGAUCCAUCAUGUGGUAACGGCAAGCCAGUACCGAUAAUAUUAACUCGACCGUAUCAAGAAGCGCUCCCAAAAACCUCCAAACCUGGGGACGUUGUUUUACUCAGAAAUAUAACAAUUAAAAGUCGGGAUAACCAACGAUGUGGAUUCUCCGGGAUGGCCUCCGGCUGGAAACUCUGGCGACCUAGUAGGGCGCCGGAUGGGCAACAGCAAAUGUUAGCAAUACCCCAUGACGGACCUAACGCAGAGUGUGGCGCAGAGGAGAUCGUGUAUGUCAACCUCCUCUCCCCAUCUCCCUCCACAGGGGGCACUCCGACCCCGACUCAAUCCUUAGCCCCUCGACCGACAACCAUUGCAAUUGCGCCCAAGGCCAUGUCAGAAGAGUCGCAGCCUCAGUUCAUACCAACUAGUACCAAUGGAGUGACACAGAAGGAUUGGGUCAUCCCUCCCAGGCCGAAGCCCGGCCGGAAGCCAGCAACUGACACCCCGCCCUCUAAACGCAAAGCCCAAAACCGAGCGGCCCAAAGAGCUUUCCGUGAGCGUCGCGCCGCCCGUCUCACAGAACUCGAAGAACAGAUCAAAACCAAAGAUGAUGUUAAAGACUGCGUCCUUAUGGAGCAAGUCUCCAAAAUUACUGUCGAAAAUAACGUUCUCCGGGCGACCGUCGCAGAACUUCGCCGUGAUAUAGAGGCUCUACAACGUCGUGAUGCCGAACGGAUCGGAUUGUCGACUCCGACUCAUACAAGCCAUGGAAGUUUCAGCAGUACCUCCACGGCUCCAAGUUUCGCCCAAGCAUUCGCCGGCUGUGCAGUCAGCCAAAUUGCUAGUCCAGCACCUAGCCCACGAUCCGAAGCCGUCCCAUGCUUCGAGGAAGCAUUCGGUCGAAAAUGCUGUGGGGGUACCUCAUGCCGCAACAACCUCGACACAGUCUCCACCCUCUCACCAGUACCAUUAUCCCGUCGGGAAUCUCAACAUCUCGAAAUGGAAAUCGAUUUCACAAAUAUGUUUAGCAGCAGUCGACGGAACAAUAACAACAACACAGUCAGUCUUAGAGAUAGUAGCCAUACAAGAGAGAGCACCACCACACCAUCAGUAGCCACUUCUCCUGCCCCACUGUCUACCCUCUCCAACCACCCAGACGAAUCAUGCGGCUUCUGUUCCGAAGGUACGGCUUGCGUAUGCGCGGAGAUGAAAUCAAUGGAGCGGGAAACAGAACGCCUCCGACAACAGAACAUCGCAAGAGAAGCCUUCAUGCGACUAAGUAAUAGCAGCAGAACGCUCCCAGAUCCGACAUCCUCUUCUGGAAAACCGGCAGGAUGUACAGGGGAGCCUGGCAGCUGCGCCCAAUGCCAAACUGAUCCAAUGAGUACUUUAUUCUGCAGGACGUUGGCAACGAAGAAAAAAUCAUUUCCCUCAAGUAGGCAGGGUAGUUCCACACCGCGGUCGGACGAUAAACCGAGCUUUGUAUGCUGCGGUGGUACCGCUUGCGGGAAGAAUCCCGGAACUUCAUCCCCCCUCGCUAGAAGUAAUGACGACCUAGAUACAGAGAUGAAGGAUUCCCCUUCUGUAGGCGUCGUCGAGCCCCGGGGGACAUACAUUCCAUGCAGUGAUGCAUAUCUAAGUCUUUCCCGCCACAAACGCUUUAUGGAUGCCGACCUCGGAACCGUCGUGAAGAAACUAAACACUAGCGGACUUGGAGUUGAAGUUUCUAGUGUUAAACAAGUAUUAGAGUAUCUCGAAGCACUCGAGUCAUUCCAGAAUAAUGACUCGAGGAAAGGGAGCAUAGAUGGCGGCCCAUGA